AGCUUAGUGGUUGCCAGGCAUCAGGGCAAUGGAGAGGGAAGAAGGCGGUUAGCACUGGAAGGACAAUGGGAGGCAUCCUUGUGCAGAGGAAAGGGUCUGUAUGUUGAGUGCGCCGAGGUACUACAGCUGUCCAAGACGCCACCGGUGGGGGAAACAGGUUGACCUGAGUAUUCUGCCAACAGACUGACCUAGCAGGUCAGUCCCCAGGCCGGGCUCUACCCCUGGGAAUGGCACCCCUCCUCCAGAGGAAGCAUUUCCCAAAUGCCCCAGGAUAGGAGUUGGCGCGGAAGGAGAGCCAAGCCGGCGAUGAAGACAUUCUCCGCUGGAUACAGGAACGCCAAGAGCCAACGCUAAGAAGCGGCCUCCACACUGGACGGCGGCCUCCAUUAGCCAGCUGCUGCUGGUAAAACAAAGAGAAGGCCGUGGGCAGGUGGCGCUGAGCGCAGACUAAACGCAGUCCGCGGCGGCGGUACCUGAAAGCCAGCACAGAUCCACCCAAAUGGAGCCCUCGCCUCCCCACAGCUAGCGGGGCGCUCCCGCGGGGGUUCCGCGCCUCCCCUCCGCCAGGUGGAGCCAGUACUCGCAAGGGGGCGUCCGCGGUUCAGAGGUCACAUACCGGCUGAAGUAAACCGCGCUCAGGCGGCCUUCAGGAGCGCGACCCCAGCGUCUUUCCUCGGCCCAAGCCCCGGCGCCGAGCAGAGACGACCUUAGCGGUCCUACACCUAGCGGUCCUGCAGGUCCCUGAAUCCUCUUUGGAUCAGCGCUGAGGAAAGGCGGGAGUGCGGCCGCGCGCCCUGCCUCCGCCGCCAUGGCCCAGCUGCGAGCCUGCGAAGUCCGGCAGCUGCUGCACAACAAGUUCGUGGUGGUCAUGGGGGACUCGGUCCAGCUGGCCGUGUACAAGGACCUGGUGCUCCUGCUUCAGAAGGACUGCCUGCUGUCCUCCAGUCAGCUGAAGGCCAAGGGCGAGCUGAGCUUCGAGCGCGACAUGCUGCUGGUGAGCUGCAGCAGUGGCCGCAUGCACUACGACCGCCACUACCGCGAGGUGCGCCAGUUCCGCUCGGGCCACCACCUGGUGCGCUUCUACUUCCUCACGCGCGUGUAUUCGCACUACGCGGAGCGCGUCGUGGAGGAGCUGCGUAGGGCCGAGCCCGCCCCGGACGUGGUGGUCAUGAACUCCUGCCUCUGGGACCUCGCCAGGGAUGGCCGGGGCUUCCCCAGGAGCUACCGGCGUGACGUGGAGAGCCUGUUCGUGCGGUUGGACUGGGCGCUGCCCACGUCCUGCCUUCUGUUGUGGAACACGGCCAUGCCCGUGGCCGAGACCAUCUCGGGAAGCUGCCUCCCAUGCGCGCGCCAGCUCCGCCGCGCCCGCCUGCGCGAAGACGUGAUGGAGGCCAACUUCUACAGCUCCGCCGAGGCGGCGAGGCGCGGCUUCGACGUGCUGGACCUACAUUUCCACUUCCGCCACGCCACGCGGCACCGGCUCCCCGACGGCGUGCACUGGGACGAGCGCGCGCACCGCCACCUUUCCCAGUUGCUGCUGGCCCACCUGGCUGACGCCUGGGGCGUGGACCUGCCCCGCCGCGAAGCCGUGGACGGGUGGGUCAGGCAUGGCCACGCCAACAGACGUGCAGCCCCGGCGGGCAGAAGGCAGCCCCGAGACGACCGACCGGACCCACACGGCCGAGGCGACCGAGCGGGCCGAGGAGACCUCCGUGCCCCUCGAUCGCUCGCUUCGUUCUUCUGGGCUCGACCGCCUUUCCCUCCCCGCCGUCAGGUCGCCUUUCUGUCCUCUGACCGGCAUUUCUCCAGCGACUCCUCCACGCGCCACAUCCGACACAGUGGCGAAGAAAACGCCAGGGUUGGCCGCGAGUCGCGGCCAGGCCCCAUCCGCACAAGCUCUGCUCUGCGCCGAGAGAGGAGGCAUUCCCCUUACCUUCCGCGGCGCCCCAGCGAGCCACCCCUAAGCCAGCGAAGCCGCACACGCACACACAGAGGGGUCCCGAGAACACCCAGGCCUCAGUAGCCAGACCUGGGAGAACGUCCUGUCUUCCCCAGCAUGGUCAAUGGGCUGCCUGACCACUAUCACACGGGCCUGGCCUUCAGCAACUCUUCCGAGGUGGGGGUAUUUUUACGCUUCCUACUCCAAUCAGUGAACCGCUUUCCACAUCACUCGUCUUUGCCAGAGCUUCCACGCCACUUUUUGGGAAGGGAGCAGGGACCCAGACCACCAGGCCGUUCUCCUCUAAGCAUUUAGGGAGAAAUGAAGUCUACAUAAAAGUGCUCCCCGCCUUAAAAAAAAAAAAAAAAAAAAAAAAAAAGCAGCCAUACCCGAAUGUAAGUCUUCAGGCAGUAUUUUCCAUUGACAUUCUUCCAAAAAAAGGUAAAAAUUUUGAUCCUUAGAACUUAAACAUUUCAAUUAAGAUUUCCAUUUCACCGUUCGUUUUUGAGUAUGUUCAUAGAACCUGAUAUCUAAAGCUUUCACCUAAGUUGUCUUACAUAUUCUUUACAUUUCUCUGUGCUUCAACAUAGCAUUUGUCCUAAAAAAAUUCCAUUCACUAAUGCAAGGUUGUUUAUUUUCUGUUAGAAACAUAAUCUUUAAAGUUCAUCGAAUGCCUAGCACAUUUUUAAAAAUAGACUUUUUACUUUUUUUUUUUUUAAGAUAGGGUCUCACUCUGUUGCCCAGGCUGGAGUGCACUGGCUCAAGCGAUCCUGUUGCCUCAGCCCCUCAAGUAAGUGGGACCACAGGCGUGCACUACCAUGCCUGGCUAACUUUUUAAAUUUUUUGUAGAGAUGGGGUCUCGCCAUAUUGCCCAGGCUGUCGUCAAAGUCCUGGACUCAAGCAGUCCUCCUGCUUAGGCCUCCCACAGUGUUGGGAAUGCCUGGCCUCCCACAGCAGGGCACCUGACCUAGAAUUUAAUUUUUAGAGCAAUUUUAGGUUCACAGCAAAAUUGAGUGGACAGUACAGGGAGUUUCCGUAUACUUUUUUGAUUUCACACAGGCAAAGCCUCCCCCACUAUCAACAUCCCACAUCAAAUGGUACAUUUGUUAUGUUUGAUGAAGCUACGUUAACACAUCAUUAUCACCCCAACACCAUAGUUCAUUAGAGUUCGUUCUUGAUGUUCUCCAUUCUAUGGGUUUUGACAAAUGUAUAAUGGCAUGUAUCGUCCAUCAUUAUAGUAUCAUACAGAAUAGUUCCACUGUCUUGAAAAUCCUCUCUGCUCUGUCUCUGCAUCCUUCCUGGAAACCAUGGAUCUAUAACUGUCUCUAUAGUUUUGUUUUUCCCAAAAUGCUAUAUAGUUAGACAUACAAUAUGUAGCCUUUUCAGAUUGAGCUCUUCUGAUUAGGAAUUUAAGUUCCCAACAUGUCUUUUCAUGGCUUGAGAACUCAUUUAUGUUUUUUUAUUUUUAAUUUUUGUGAGUAUAUAUUUAUGGGGUACAUGAGAUGUUUUUAUACAGGCACGCAAUGUGAAAUAAUCACAUCAUGGAGAAUGGGGUAUCCAUCCCUUUAUGCAUUUAUGCUUUGUGUUACAAACAAUCCAGUUACACUCUUUUGGUUAUUGUAAAGUGUACAAUUGUUAUUAUUGACUGUAGUCACCCUGAUAUGCUAUCAAAUAGUAGGUAUUAUUCAUUCUUUCUGUUUUUUUGUACCCAAUAACUCAUUUAUUUUUAGGGCUGAAUAAUAUUCCAUUGUCUGGAUGUACCACUGUUUAUUCACCUACUGAAGGACAUUAUGGUUGUUUCCAAGUUUUGGCAAUUAUAAAUAAAACUGUUAUGAACA